AUGGACGAGCGUACGCCCCUGAUAUCAACUGUUACCAUAAGCCGCCGCAGAGGCCGAUAUUCACAUUCCACCAUUAAACGAUUCUGCACGAUCGCGCUCGGGAGCACUCUUGUUGCGAUUGCCAUACUCUUCCUUGUGCCCAUUGCAAUCCUCCCACGGGGGAAUGAUAGCCUGUCCUCCUAUCUGCCCUGGUCACAGCCGUUCCCUAAGUCAUGGCCAGAAAGCUCUGGCCUCACUUUCUCCGAGCUCCAAGAUAUCCUUUUAAACACCCCAGAUGAGCGUAAAAUACGUUCGUGGAGUGAAUACUACACUGCGGGCCCUCACCUCGCCGGGAAAAAUCUAAGCCAGGCACUGUGGACGCGGGAGCGUUGGGAAGAGUUUGGAGUCAAGUCCGAACUAGUGGCUUACGACGUCUACAUUAAUUAUCCACUGUCCCAUCGACUGGCUCUUUUGGAUGGACACAAGGUCAAAUAUGAAGCUAAGCUAGAGGAAGACACCAUUGAGGAAGACCCGACAACUUCCCUGGACGACCGUAUCCCUACUUUCCAUGGCUACUCGGCUAGCGGCAAUGUCACCGCCCCUUAUGUCUUUGUCAAUUUUGGCACCUUCCAGGACUUUGAGGAUCUGGUUGCUGCAAACGUGACUUUGAAGGGGAAGAUCGCCCUGUCCAAGUAUGGUGGUAUCUUCCGUGGUCUCAAGGUCAAACGCGCUCAAGAACUGGGGAUGGUAGGUGUUGUUAUCUAUUCGGAUCCUCAAGAGGAUGGUGAGAUCACGGAAAAGAAUGGGUACAAGCCAUAUCCCGAGGGCCCGGCCAGAAAUCCAAGUAGUGUACAAAGAGGCAGUACGCAAUUUCUCAGUAUUCUUCCUGGGGACCCUACCACUCCGGGCUAUCCUUCCAAGCCUGGCGUACCUCGUACCGAUCCUCAUUUCUCCACCCCAAAGAUCCCCUCUAUUCCAAUAUCAUAUUCUGAUGCCCUUCCCAUUCUUAAAGCAUUAAACGGUCACGGACCCAAUGCAUCUUCUUUGGGGAAUUCUUGGCAAGGUGGAGGGCUUGAUUAUAAGGGAGUGCAAUACAGCAUUGGCCCUUCUCCAGAUUCAUUGACCCUCAAUCUGGUCAACGAGCAGGAGUAUGUGACGACGCCCCUUUGGAAUGUCAUCGGAAUAAUCAAUGGAACAAUCUCCGAUGAAGUCAUUGUUCUCGGAAACCAUCGUGACGCAUGGAUCGCAGGAGGCGCGGGUGAUCCAAAUUCUGGCUCUGCUGCUUUGAAUGAAGUGAUUCGAUCUUUUGGAGAAGCCCUCAAGGCAGGUUGGAAGCCAUAUCGUACCAUUGUUUUCGCCAGCUGGGAUGGCGAAGAAUAUGGCUUAGUCGGGUCUACGGAGUGGGUGGAAGAAUUCGUACCUUGGCUUUCCGGGAGCGCGGUAGCAUAUCUCAAUGUCGACGUUGGAACGAGAGGCAAAGUCUUCUCUGCUGCCGCCUCGCCAUUGCUCAACAAGCUCAUCUACAAUGUGACAGGGUCAGUACCUUCACCAAAUCAAACAACCAAAGGGCAGACAGUUGGGGAUGUUUGGGAUGGUCGAAUCCGUACUAUGGGGUCCGGCAGCGAUUUUACAGCAUUCCAAGAUUUUGCCGGAAUUCCUUCCCUCGAUCUUGGGUUUGGAGCUGGUCCAAAGGAUGCUGUCUACCACUACCACUCAAAUUAUGAUAGCUUCCACUGGAUGGAUAAGUAUGGAGAUGCAAAGUGGCAUUACCACGUCGCCAUUACAAAGAUAUGGGCUCUGCUUGCUGCGCGUCUAUCAGAAACCCCUGUGCUCGCGCUGAGCGCAGAGGACUACGCAAAGGGGCUCAAAGUGUACCUCGAGAGUGUGAAAGAGAAAGCAUCAGAUUUCGCCGUCAAUUCUCGUUUCAGCUUCCAUUAUCUCGACAAAGCGACGGCAACGUUCCAGAAAGCUGCGGCCAACUUUGAUGCGUACACUGCCGAGUUGAGUGAACGAGUCGGCGAAAAAAUACCAUGGUGGAAGUGGUGGAAAAAAGUCAAACUGUACUACGAGGUUCGUAAAGCGAACGAAAAGUACAAGCUCCUGGAACGCAAAUUUCUGUUCCCAGGAGGUUUAGACAAUCGACCCUGGUUCAAACAUAUCGUCUUUGCCCCUGGGCGGUGGACCGGCUAUGCUGGCGCAACAUACCCUGGUUUGGUGGAAAGCUUUGAGGAUAAGAAUAUCACCAAUGCUAAGAAAUGGGGGUACAUCAUCGAGAGCAGCUUGAACACUGCAGCAAAGCUUUUGCGAUAG